AUGGAGGACAACGAGUUCCUGGAGCUCCAGCUCCCAGAGUCACGAGUCUUGAUCAUUAUCACAGGCGGCACAAUAUGCAUGCGGAAGUCUAAAGAUGGCCUUGUUCCCGCCAAAGGCUUCUUGAAAUCAGGCCUUGCACCGCGGCCGGUGUUCAACGAUGGCUCUUAUCCGGAACCCCUGGAGAUUGUGACAGAUGCAAAGGGCACACGCAAGGCUGUGCAAAGCUUACGCACACCCGUGAGCACAUACGAGCGCCGUAUCAGGUACUGUGUACUUGAGUUCGAGAAGUUAUUGGACAGCAGCUCGAUCAACGCACAGGACUGGGAUCAGAUCGCACGGACAGUGCAUAGGAAUUAUCAGCUUUUCGAUGGAUUCGUUAUCCUUCAUGGAACCGACUCGCUGGCAUAUACAGCAAGUGCGUUGAGCUUCAUGUUUCACAACCUGGGAAAGCCAGUCAUCUUGACUGGUAGUCAGGCGCCCAUGAUGGAGUUGCAAACGGAUGCCCAGGACAACCUGCUCAAUUCGCUCAUCAUCGCCGGACACUUCAUGAUCCCGGAGGUCUGCCUGUUCUUCAAUUUCAAGCUCUUCAGAGGCAACCGAUCAAAGAAGGUUUCAGCCGAGAGCUUUGAUGCAUUUGGCAGCCCCAACAUGGUACCGUUGGCUACUGUGUCCUCCACUAGGACGAAUGUUCUUUGGCACAGAGUUCAUCGAUCAAGGGAUAUCAACCCCUUCAGCAUACAGGAAAAUCUGGACACAGCACAUGUCGUCGUUCUCCGUGUCUUCCCAGGUAUGACACCUGCUAUGGUGGAUGCGGUACUCCAUCUGGAAGGCCUCAAGGGGCUUAUCUUGGAGACUUUCGGAGCCGGCAAUGCACCAGCGGGACCAGAUGGUGCCAUGAUACGCGUUCUUGGAGAUGCCGUAAAGAGGGGGGUUGUGAUUGUCAAUGUAACGCAGUGCCUGAGCGGCAACGUCAGCCCAACAUAUGCGCCAGCAACAAUUUUGGGUCGGGCUGGGGUCGUCUUUGGACAGGACUUGACCACAGAAGCGGCUCUCACUAAGCUUGCUUAUCUGCUGUCCAUUCCUAAUGCAUCGCCCGGCGAUGUUGCAAGGCGGAUGAUGGUCUCGAUCCGUGGUGAGCUGACCGAGGCAACACGGACGCACUUCGAGCAUCCCCAGAAAAGCGGCCUGAUGACCCCAGAAUUGACAAGUCUGACGGCUCUCGGGUACGCAAUUCAGAAGGGUGACCUGCAAGAGACAAGGGAUAUCAUUAGGAGCGAGCCUCGAUGGCUUCUGAAUGACGCAGACUAUCAGGGCUGUACCCCAGUUCACCUCGCAGCGACAUGCAAUAACGUCGAAAUCCUUCGCGACUUCCUUGCACAGGGAGCCUCGGUCCAUCUUCGCAACCGAUCAGGCAACACCCCGCUUUUCUUGGCUGCGGCAGCAGGGUUGAAAGAUCACGUACAGACUCUGAUUGAUGCCGGCGCACAUCUUCACUCAGAGGAGCUGAGUGCAGCAAAGCUGCAUGCAGCAGAGGGCGACGGCAACGCUGAAGUCUGGAAGCUCGUCAUUGGCUGA